UCCUAUCAUCGAUCAAAAUUUAUUUUGUACAAUUUUAUUAAAAUUAUAAGUUCUGAUAAUGGUAUUUUGACAAUUUCAGAAAUAAUUAUAGUGUUGGCAUCAACAUGAGAUAGUCCGUCAGCGCUUAAUUUUAAUAUUCGCCAAGCGACCACAUCGGCUCAAAAUAUCCUGACCUUAUAAUUAAAAAUGGACUUUAUUGCUGGUCUUUUCGGAGGUGCAGCGGGAGUUCUCGUUGGUCACCCGUUUGACACAGUUAAAGUGCACUUACAGACUGAUAAUCCGAAUAAUCCGAAAUAUAGGGGAACAUUUCAUUGCAUGAAAUCAAUAUUAUUGUCCGAUAAUAUUCGUGGUUUAUACCGUGGUAUUUCGAGUCCAAUGAUGGGAAUCGGUCUAGUUAAUGCAAUUGUGUUUGGCGUUUACGGCAACGUCCAGCGAUUAUCGGAUAAUCCGAACUCACUAGCCUCACACUUUUGGGCUGGUGCUGCCGGUGGACUUGUGCAAAGUAUCGUAUGUGCACCAAUGGAAUUGGCAAAAACACGACUUCAACUUGCAAAUCAUAUCGAUAGUUCACACAAAUUCAAAGGACCGAUUGAUUGUCUUAUGUACAUAUAUCGAACAGAAGGUAUUAGAGGUUGUUUCAAAGGAUUUACAGCAACAAUACUUCGGGAUAUACCAGGCUUCUCUAGUUAUUUUGUCUCCUAUGAGUUUCUAAUGCAAUGCAAUCAAACACCAGGUGUCUUCUAUACGCUGAUGGCAGGAGGAUUUGCUGGAGUUGCUUCUUGGCUAGCGUGUUAUCCCGUCGAUGUGAUCAAGACCCAUUUGCAAGCCGAUGCUCUUGGCAAACAUGCAAAAUAUAAUGGAUUUGUUGAUUGUGCGGUGAAAAGUUAUGAACGUGAGGGUUACAUGUUCUUCUUCCGUGGUUUGAAUUCGACGUUAAUUCGCGCGUUUCCAAUGAACGCGGCAUGCUUUUUUUUGUUGUUUCGUGGAUAUUAGAUUUUUGUAAGCGAAAUGGCAUUGAUAUGAUCGAUAAUUCAAAUCAAUCGUUCAAUGUUGUUAAUUUGGAAAAUUGGAGUCCAUCAUAUUUAGAUAGCGAUAUUCAAUC